GGGUGACGUCAUAGCGCAUGGCGGCAUCCACAGGGCAGCAAAGCAGCAGCUUUAACUAAACGCAGUCAAGAUCGGCAGUGCUUGCGUUGGGAAUCGUUCGUGAUGUCGUCCGAGCGUUACAGCUUUUCUCUGACCACAUUCAGCCCCUCCGGGAAGCUGGUGCAGAUCGAGUAUGCACUGGCUGCAGUUGCUGCCGGAGCGCCGUCCGUUGGCAUCAAGGCAUCCAACGGUGUGGUGCUGGCGACGGAGAAGAAGCAUAAGUCCAUCCUCUACGAGGAGCACAGCAUUCACAAAGUGGAAAUGAUCACCAACCACAUCGGCAUGGUCUACAGCGGCAUGGGCCCCGAUUACAGGCUGCUGGUACGCAGAGCACGCAAGUUGGCCCAGCAGUACGAGCUGAUGUACAGCGAGCCCAUCCCAACAUCUCAGCUGGUGCAGAAGGUUGCCUACAUCAUGCAGGAGUACACACAGACAGGGGGUGUGCGGCCCUUUGGUGUGUCCUUGCUGGUGGCUGGCUGGGACAAUGGCCGUGGCUAUGUUUUCCAGUGUGAUCCAUCGGGUGCCUACUUCCCAUGGAAGGCCACUGCUAUGGGCAAGAACCAGAUGAGCGGCAAGGCAUUCCUGGAGAAGCGCUACAGUGAGGAGCUGGAGCUCGAGGAUGCUGUGCACACAGCCAUACUGACACUCAAGGAGGGCUUUGAAGGCCAGAUGACGGCCGACAACAUUGAAGUCGGGCUGUGCGAUGCCACUGGCUUCCGUCGCCUGUCGCCUAAAGACGUCAGGGACUACCUGGCAAACAUUGUCUAGCUGCUGUGGACCAGUAGCGUGCCUUUCGUUCUUGUCUUUUUUUGUCUGUGUAUGUAAAACAUAAAAUGAGCCAUGUGCACUCGUCAA